AUGGCAAAAUUGACGAAGCCUGAAUCUUGGCCGGUUCCCGAAACGGAUACUGGCCUGUUCACUCUUCUUCUCGCAAUCAGGCUCGCCAACUCUGUGUCAAUCAACACUUUUUUCCAAGCUGACGAAUACUGGCAAGCACUUGAACCGGCGCAUUAUCAGAUUUUUGGGUAUGGGUACCUGACCUGGGAAUGGCGUCAGGGAAUCCGGUCCUUCAUGCAUCCUUUGCUUUACGUUCCAAUUUACAAGAUAUGCCAAUUGUUGCGUCUCGACUACGCAUAUCUACUUUAUCUGCCCAAAUUGAUGAACGCGUUGAUCUGUGCGGUGGGUGAGACUUUCCAGUACAAGCUGACAUGUAAGUGGACCAAAGAUCCUUCAGCUAGACGGACAAUGUUUUACCUGAGUCUAUUUUCGCCCUUCAAUUGGUACUGCUAUUGUCGAUCAUUCUCCAACUCACUCGAGCUGGCACUUACGACUAUAGCACUGUUUCUGUAUCCUGAGACUUUUGAUGAUUACUACAUCUACUCCAUGAUAAUUGCAGGAUUUUGUUGUAUAAUUAGACCAACGAAUGGCCUGAUAUGGCUGGUGUACGGACUGCGAAACCUCCGCAGAGGUCCUCGGCUCAAAAUAAUAGUAUCCACCAUUCUCAUUGGGAUCGCCAUAUUCAGCAUCGACAGCAUAGUGAACCGUCAUUUCUACGGCGCUUGGACUAUCCCGUCCAUCAAUUUCCUCAACUUCAAUGUGUCUAGGAACCUCUCAUCUUUUUACGGUACCUCAAGGUUGGACUUCUAUUUUUUCCAGGCUAUUCCUGUGAUGUUAUUGACCUACCUACCAUAUUUUAUAAUUGGGCUGCUAGUCAAGGAAGCAAGGGAGCUCAAGUUGGUACUUAUCAUUAAUCUACUGGCAUAUUCAUUGAUUCAACACAAAGAGUUCCGCUUCAUAUAUCCCCUGAUGCCCAUAUUGCUCUUCUUUACCACAUAUGGGGUGCUUUAUACGCUCAGAAAACUCAAACCUGUUACAUCGUCCAGCUUAAUUCUUCUCAUUGCAUUACUGAACAUUACUAUCGCAUUCUAUUUCACUCAAAUUCAUGAGAGUGGGGUGAUUACCGUCACCCAAUAUCUCAGAGAUGAAAUCGGUAGCAAACAGUCCUCCAUCGGGUUUUUGACCCCAUGUCACUCUACUCCAUUCCAAAGCCAUUUUCAUCUACAUCCAAACCAGGUCGAUAUAUGGUUUUUGACAUGCGAGCCUCCAUUGCAUUUAGAUUCUUCAACGGAUCUAGCUGCUUAUAGAGACGAGUCGGAUGAAUUUUAUGACGAUACGUUGGGAUUUCUGCAACGAAAUUUUCCAUCCCUUACUGUUGAGAAUUCUAGAGAUGACCUCAGAGGGUCCUAUCCGCAUACCUGGCCGGAAUACCUUAUAUUUUUUGAGAGCCUGGAGCAAUUCAUGAAAGAAUACCUCCAUAAUAGCGGCUACUCUGAAUACCAUAGAAUUUUCAACAGCAGAUUUCAUUGGGAUUCUCGCAGGACUGGAGAUGUAAUUAUAUACAAGCUUAAUUAG